CCUGUUUAAUUAUAUUAACGGUGUUAGACUGAACUUUGUGUGUUCUGUUCGAUGGUCGGGCGGGCGAUGGCUAAGCGGACGGAAAAAACCACGGGCGCCAGUGAUCUCGUGCAGUGCGGGGAAUGCACGCGCUGGUGCUACCUAGAUGAGACGGCCUUCACAAGUCUAGCCGACGCUGAGGAGGCGAGCUUCGUGUGCAAGCUGUGCGAGAAAGUGAAGGCGGCCGUGCAGCGCAUGGAAUCUUGCAUUGAGGAGCUAAAGGGGGAGCUGAAGGUGGAGCGAGUAAAGAGAAUUGAGCUCCAAGCGCAGCUCGGAGAGGCACGUGAGCGUGGGGAGGCUACCGCCAGCCUAGUAGAACAAAUGGAGGCCGAUCUAAGGAAGGAACGGGAAAGGCGGGCCGAGCUCGAAGAGCGAGUAAAGGUGCUUAUGGCGCUUGACUCCGGUCCCGAGCAGUGGGAGGCGAAAGGCAAGGGAAUCACGGAAUUCCAGGCAGAAACAGGCAAGAAAGGGGACCUAGGGGCUGCAGUGGCACAUGUAGGAACAGGCGACAGCAGGAGAAAAAGCUACAGCGAUGUGGCGCGACAGGCUUCCGGCGGGGCAAAGCAAGGAGCACCGGCAGCGGGCUCGUUAUCGCGAGUCGGGGACACUCAGCGAACGGGGGAUCAGCGGGGGAGAACAGCAUCACAGCAAUCGCAAGCCGGAAGCGAACGACUGGACCGUAGAAGGGUCCUAGUGGUGGGGGACUCCAAUGUAGCCAGAGUCAAGCAGGGAGUCCUUACGACAGUGAAGGCAGACAGGAGGGUAAAAGUGGAGGCCCAGUCAGGAAAGUGCAUGACGGAUGCACUGGCCAAAGCACAGGAAGUGGUAGGGGACAGCAUGGAGGGUGAAAACCUCGUCAUCAUCCAUGCUGGUCUCAACGAUGUCCUGAAGGGAAAGAGCCAGAACCUUCAGAGACAGUUAGAGGAUGGGGUGCGUAAGCUUCAAGAAGCUUCUGAGGGUGUGCAUGUGACAAUAUGCACCAUCCCAGAAGUCUGGGGGCAAUCUGGCGGUAUGGAAAGGAGGGUGAUAGAGGCUAACUGUGUCAUCAGAGCUAUGAGCCGGCAGCUCAGCUACAGCGUAAUGGAGGUAAACAAAGACGUGUACGAACGCGGCCUCCGCCCUUUUGCACAAGAUGGCAUUCAUUACAGUGGUGCCACGGGCAGGAGGGUAGGUAAUAGGAUGGGUCGCCAAGCCACAGCUUUUUUAGGGGGACCCAGUGCCCUGAGGCCACCAGUGUAGACAGAUACGAUUUCAAAGUGGCACCAAUAUCCAAGACACGUAGAGUCCGGGGGAGAGGAAAUCGACGUAGGCAGGGCCGAGCAAAUUCAGAUGUAGGUUAUAUUAACAUGCAGGGUGGCAGGAAUAGGUUGAAGUGGGGAGAGAUAGAAGAGCAACUAAGGGAGGAGAAGCUGAUGGUAUAUGGAUUUGUAGAAACACAUCUUAGGGACAUGGAACAACCACCUAGCAAUCCGGACUACGCAUGGGAAUAUUGCAAUAGAACAGAAGGCAGCAGAAAGGGGGGUGGUAUCGGGGCAUUCAUUCAUAAAAGUACAGACUGGCAAAGGGUCAAGCAGGAGUGCAAGGAACAUUUAUGGCUAAAAGGGAAAGUGGCAGGGCAAAUGACACUCCUUGGUUUUGUGUACUUGUGGACGGGAGCAAAGGCCAGAGAGGAAAACCAAGAAAUGGUGCAGUGCAUAGAAAAGGACAUUGAUGAACUAGGAGAAGAGUGCGAGAUAAUUAUAUUAGGAGAUAUGAAUGCGCACAUAGAAGAUAUGGAUGGAUAUACUGACCCAACCGGCAGAAUGCUGCUGGAUAUGUGUGAAAGGCAUGAUUUGAUCAUUUGCAACAGUACCGAGAAGUGUGAAGGGCAAAUAACAUGGGAGGUAGGAAGGCUGCAGUCGACGAUAGAUUACGCACUGAUGUCACAUAGGAUGUAUGAUAGGCUAAGGGUGAUGAACAUAGAUGAAUAUGGUUCCAGAAGCUUGGGUAGUGAUCACAAACGUA